GGUGGCUGCUCUGCCCAGGGCCGGGGGUCCCUCGACCCGCGGGGGUCCCCACUCCCCACCCCGCUGCCAGGCAGAGCCGCUCUUUGUCUGCGACCGGCGCAGAGCUCAUUGUCUCCAGCCCCUCCGCAGUGCGCAGGGAGCGAGGGCGGACACGGGGCCGCACUUUCGGGCUCUGGGCUGCCCGAACCGGGCCCCCUGGGCGCUCAGGAACUCCAGCCCCAACAAAUCCCGGGGCAGGGGAGGAGGCUGGAGGGUGCUUCUGGAUGCAGAGAGAUGCCCCUCGAGGGAGUUGUGCUGGAUGAGCACCAAACCCUGGGCCAGGGAUCCAAAGUUGGGGUGGGGAGGGAUAGUCCUUGGGAAAAGCUUCUGCAGCAUUUGGCACUUUCCCCAGCACUUGGGAAUGGGAGGGAGCAACCCCCAGGGCAUUACUCUCCAUUGAUCGGUCUCUUCCAUGGCAUUUUGCAGGAUCUUGUGAAAAAUCAUCUGAUGUACGCUGUGCGGGAGGAGGUGGAGGUCCUGAAAGAGCAAAUCAAGGAACUGUUGGAGAAAAACUCCCAGCUGGAGCGUGAGAACAGCCUCCUGAAGACCCUGGCCAGCCCUGAGCAGCUGGAGAAGUUCCAGUCCCGGCUCCCAGCAGAGGUGCUGUGCCCUGAGGAGCAGAGCCCCGGGGUGGCUGCCCCGGCCCAGCGCUCCGGGGGCUCUGCGGUGUAAGGUGGCUCUGUCCUCGGGGUGGGCAGAGCCACAGAACUCUUUCUACUUAAUCUCCUGCAAAAUCGUUUCCGCCUUCAUCUCACACGAAGGACUGCCAGAGCCUGGCACUGAGCCGCGCCCCUCGGGCAGCCCUGGCCAGCCCGCAGAGCCAGCGGCUGUCUCCUUCAUGAGGAUGCUCUUCUUCAAGGAAGACAGGGGCAGCUGACCCCCCCUCCCCACCCAGCCGCCCAGCAGGUGCCAGGAGGAGAUCUGUGGAAGCCGUCGCGGGCUGCGGAGCGGGGCUGGGCAGGCUUUGGCACCGUGCUGGUAGCCGGCAGUGGGAAGGAGCGCGCGCCAGGCCGUGGUUGCGCUCUGCAGGGGGGUGUCUCUUUCUGGCAAAGCCCGACAUUGGAGGGAGACCGAUGUUUAGUGAGUGAAGCAGAUGUGUCCCACGAGCCACCCAAGAGCCUGCUGGAACUCGAGCCAGACUGAGCAGCACUGGGGGUGGCAGCUGCAGCGUAGACCGUGGCUGAACGCACAGCAGUGUGGGGAUUACAAGGAGAAAAAGCUUGUUUUGUUAGUUUGGGCAUCUUGUGUAGCCGUAUCUGUGUACAAACACGCGCACCAGAGGUGCCUCCGAGGCCGCGGGGUGCCCGCUCUGGCUCAGCCGUGCCCACCUGAACAGCUGGGGCAUCGGAAGGCAGGCUGGAAUGGUGAGCGCCCGUCAGUGGGCACACAGCUAUUGCCAGUGGCACCAGGGAGGGGACAGACUCGCUCCUCUCUGGCAUCCCACCUGACAGAACUGUGCAGCAGCGCUGGGAGGAUCUGGACUGACUACUGGGCAGAGCCACAAGCCAGGCUGUGCUCUAACCCACUAAGGUGGAGGAGCCAGCCCGUGCCCCGGGGCUCCCCUCUGUCCCUGGCCUUUCCCUGGGAUGUGACGGGACAUUGCUUUUGAUGUCAGAAGCGGUGACACUGUUGUGUAAAUCUAGAUAGAAAUGGCAAUAAACUCUACUUUUUAUAUAUA